AUGUUGAAAUCCCGAACAACCUUGCGCCUUUCCUCCCGUUUGGUGCAGAAUGAGGCAACACUCAACGCAAUCUGGCGACCACUUGGGCUUGAUAACGCUUCCUCAGCCACCCUCCGCGAUGGUGUUCUUCGUGUCAUCCGCGCUGCUUAUAAUCCGAUCCUCAGGGAGCACUUGGAGUUGGGUCUCGACGCGACGACCAUGUUCCGAAGGAGAGGCACUCCUGAAAGGUUCCAAGAGGCGGUCCUCCUUCGAAUUGGAAACUUGCCAGAGCAAUUCCAAGAGAUUACGUCUCGCCAGGAGGAUAUCCUGGGUGAAGUUCUGUACGAUAUCUUGAGAUUUUAUCGAUUCACAGACGGAGAUCACUGGCUUCAAACGGAUGAUGAGAAGGGCGAUGAGGAGAAGGGCGACGAGGAGAAGGGCGACGAGGAGAAGGGCGAUGAGGAGAGCGAUGAGGAGGAGAGUGAUAAGGAGGAGAGCGAUGAGAAGGGCGAUAAGGAGGAGAGCGAUGAGGAGGAGAGUGAUAAGGAGGAGAGUGAUAAGGAGGAGAGUGAUAAGGAGGAGAGUGAUAAGGAGGAGAGUGAUAAGGAGGAGAGUGAUGAGGAGGAAGAGAGUGGCGAGGAGGGUGACGAAGGCGAUGAUCUUAAGAUUCAGGUUGAGAUGGACAUUGACCCCAAGGGAGGUAAUGGCGAAGGCUCUCCUUCUGGCCAUAAGCGUAAAUUUGAUUGGGAGGAAGAGGACGAGCCCAGCAAAAAGCGAGCUGUACAGUAA